AUGCAGUCUCCAUGUCACCAAGGGCCAUCCAGUGGAAACUUGCAUUUCCCAAGAGCACAGGUGCAAAGUUCCGGGGCACAGACACAGCCAAGCACCCCGGUGGCUGAUUCCCUGCAACUUCAGCUGGACCAACAUUUGGACCGUGGUGACAACAGAGCCAGGCUCAGCCUCUCCUCUGCCAUCGGGAGCCUGGGCACUAACAUGGGUUCUGGGGACCAACCGCCACUGCUCCGAGAACUGGCUUUGGAUGCUUCCAUGUGCAUGAAGAACCCUCCCAAGCCGGAGCGUGAUGCUGGUGAGGACUCGAGGGACAGACAGCAUGGCUGUCAAAUCCAUGGCCACAUGAAAGCCCUCCGUGUCAUGAAACAGAAGAUUCCCAAGAGAAUACUGCAGUUUGGCCAGUGGAGACUGGCAUGCAGAUUCCCUGGUCUUCAAGCUUAGGGCCCAGAGAUGCCAAAUACUUCAGAAACUAAGAAAAGAGA